AUGUCAAAUAUUAAUAUAACUUUAGAUAAACUUGUUGUAACUGAUAAUAUUGUACCAGAGCUUCAUUAUGGUAUAUAUAUAUAUGAUUGUUCUUUGCAACCUGGUUAUAUUUGUGAAGGAAAAGGACAAUGCAGUGGUAUUGCUACAAGUGACUCUGCAGUAACUACAUCUGUAUACCAAAUUGUUUUCAAUAGUAAAACAAAAUUUUCUGAACUUUUAUAUUUGGGUUUAGAUCAACUCGAAACAAGUCAAAAAUUAUUAGGUGUUAGUUUUCAUCCUUUAAUUAUUGAAUUAGAAAAAAUAGUUAUAUUUAAUAGUUCUUUGAAAAAAUUACACAUUCAAAUCAAAUAA